CCUUGGGUGACCACAGCAGCUGGACACACUCAACCGGAGCCCUGGGAGGAGGGGCUGACCAAUAAGGACGAAGGGGUACUGGCUGACUCCGCCGCGUCUAGCAAGGGCUGGAGGGGCGAACGGGACCCGCCCUCAUCGCAGGAAGAGCUAGGCACCGGGAAAUAUUUUGGAGCCUGCGCUCUAGGGCCAGAGAGUUGUGGGUUCAAGUCCUGCAGUGUAGCAAAGGGCAAGAUCUUGAUGAUUCGGUCUUCGUUUGCAAAUUGGAGAUUUAAUGAUAGCCACACUCUAUGGUUGGUAGGCUUAGCCUACGGAGGGGUGGGAGGGUAACUUCUGCCAGGCGCCCAGGCCUUAAGGAUGUUUAGUAAAGAACCAUGGUGUUGUUGUUAGUACUGGCGGGGGCGGCCCCUGUGAGCGGCCUCCCCAGCGGCUUCCUGUAGGGGAGCAGGGGCCGCCCCCUCUCCCCUUCCUCCAGGCGCUCUUCCUCCCGCCUCUCCGCCCCGCCCCGCCCCGUCCCUCCUCUUUCCUCGGAGGAAACUUUCCGCCGGCUGGCCCAACGCCGUGUUCGGCCGCACCGCGGUGCGAACCCGACUAAGGCAGACGGGGCGGCCCGGCCCGGGUGUAUGCGGCCACCGGGGAGACGCAACUGCCGGGGCCAGGCUGCGGGACGCUGAAGGGGUCUGGAGGACCUGCGCCCUGGAGGACUUGACCUAGGUGACCCCGCAGGCUAAGAGGCGAACUGCUCCCCAGCAGCAUGGAUGCCCCGAGGAGGGAUAUGGAGCUACUCAGCAACAGCCUGGCGGCCUUUGCGCACAUCCGAGCUAACCCAGAGAGCUUCGGCCUCUACUUCGUGCUGGGCGUCUGCUUCGGCCUGCUGCUGACUCUAUGCCUGCUGGUCAUCAGCAUAUCCUGCGCGCCUCGCACACGGCCCCGGGGCCCUGCUCCGCGCCGGGAUCCUCGCAGCAGCACCUUAGAACCGGAAGAUGACGAUGACGACGAGGAUGAGGACACCAUGACGAGGCUGGGUCCCGACGACACCCUGCCCGGCCAGGAGCUGUCCACUGAGCCUGACGGGCCCCUUAGCGUCAAUGUCUUCACGUCAGCGGAGGAGCUGGAGCGAGCACAGCGGCUGGAGGAGCGUGAGCGAAUCCUUCGGGAAAUCUGGCGUACUGGGCAGCCAGACCUGCUGGGCAGUGGCACGCUUGGGCCCGGAGCCACGGCCACGGGCACGCUGGGCCGAAUGCACUAUUACUGACACCCAGCCCCGCAGCUUGGGACCCAGACUACUGGACAUGGGACUGAACCCUGGGCUGCCUCUGCCCCAACUCUCUUGGUGCUAUUGGGGAGUGGAUCAGCUAAGCACUCUUCACAGGGCAGGUGUGGGUGGAAAAAGAAUGCCAGGUCCCACCUUCUCCCCCUGGUAAUACAAAUGACCAAUGAAAGCUAGUCUGUGUGACCCAAGUCUUUCAGAUUC